GGCCGCAGUAGUAUAUGGUCAUGGAGGGGGCAUUCCAGAGGGUCCAGCACAGUGACGCCCAACUUCUUAAGCCUGCUCCUCUUCUGUCCCACAGCCCCAGUGCACUCUCUCUCUCCAGGCGCCGCCGUCUGCGCGUCAACCCGGACCAAGACGUCUGUCCGGAGGAAAAAAGAACAACUCUCCUCUCCUCUUUAUCCCGUCUCCUGCUACUUUUCCUCUCAUCUGUGUCCCACCGGAGCCCAUGACUCACCCAGAGGAGGGUUAACUGACUGUGGAUCUGCUGUGGGACCGGAGCGCAUGGUCUGUGUGUGUGAACCAACCUGAAGUGUGUAACUCCCAGCAGGCUUGGCACUGCCCCCUCUGCUCCACUUCUUCUUUCCUUUUUUUUCUCCCUUUUCUCCUCUUCCCACUCCAGUUUGUGGUAUAAAAGGGGGCACCAUGAUGAGCAGCAACAGCUACUUCGAGCCGCAGCAGCAGAUCUUCUACCAGGGCACGGACAUCGGCGAGGAAGAGGAGGAGAUGCCGGCCACGGAGAAGGACCUGGCCGAGGACGCCCCGUGGAAGAAGAUCCAGCAGAACACUUUCACCAGAUGGUGCAACGAACACCUCAAAUGCAUCAACAAGAGGAUCAACGACCUGCAGAAGGACCUGAGCGACGGGCUGAAGCUCAUCGGGCUGCUGGAGGUGCUGAGCCAGAAGAACAUGUACAGAAAGUAUCACGCCAGACCCAACUUCAGACAGAUGAAGCUGGAGAACGUGUCCGUGGCUCUGGAGUUCCUGGAGAGAGAGCACAUCAAACUGGUCUCCAUAGACUCUAAAGCCAUUGUGGAUGGCAACCUAAAGCUGAUCCUGGGUCUGAUCUGGACCCUGAUCCUCCACUAUUCAAUCUCCAUGCCUAUGUGGGAGGAUGAGGAUGAUGAAGAUGCCAAGAAGCUCACACCCAAACAGCGUCUGCUGGGCUGGAUCCAGAACAAGGUGCCUCAGCUCCCCAUCACCAACUUCCACCGUGACUGGAGGGACGGCAAAGCCCUGGGAGCUCUGGUGGACAACUGUGCUCCAGGUCUCUGCCCGGACUGGGAAACCUGGGAUCCCAGUCAGCCGGUGGAGAACGCCAGAGAGGCCAUGCAGCAGGCGGACGACUGGCUCGGAGUACCACAGGUGAUUGCUCCAGAGGAGAUUGUCGACCCCAACGUGGAUGAACACUCAGUCAUGACCUACCUGUCCCAGUUCCCCAAAGCCAAACUGAAGCCCGGUGCCCCGCUCAGAGCAAAGACCCUGCACCCAAAGAGGGCCAAAGCCUAUGGGCCAGGUAUUGAGCCUCGAGGUAAUGUGGUUCUGAAACCAGCUGAGUUUCUGGUGGAGACGGUAGAGGCUGGACUAGGAGAGGUUCUUGUUUAUGUGGAAGAUCCAGAGGGACACACAGAGGAGGCCCGAGUGAUUCCUAACAAUGACAAAAACAGAACCUAUUCUGUUGUUUAUCUGCCCAAAGUGGAGGGUCUUCAUAAGGUGAAGGUGCUGUUUGCUGGGCAGGACAUAGACAGAAGUCCUUUCAUAGUGAAUGUUUCGAAGGCUAUGGGUGAUCCAACCAGAGUUCAGGCCCGCGGGGCGGGACUGCAGCCAAUGGGAAAUGUGGCAAACAAACCCACAUACUUCGACAUUUACACUGCAGGGGCAGGUGCUGGAGACGUGGGUGUCGUCAUUGUGGACUCCAAUGGCCGCAGAGACACAGUGGAAAUUGUCUUAGAGAACAAAGGGGACAGUAUCUUCCGUUGCACCUAUGUUCCCGUCUUGGAGGGGCCUCACACUGUUUAUGUGACCUUUGCUGGGCAGCAGAUUCCCAGAAGCCCCUUCACUGUGCACAUCUCUGAAGUUUCACAGAGCGCCCCACCUCCUGAGUCUCCAGUGCAGCUUGUACCUCAGUCCAUUCGCACCCCACCCUCAGACAAGACAAGGAGAGCUCCCCCUCCAACCCCACCUAAACCCAGGCGACCAACCUGUAACCCGAAUGCCUGCAGAGCAUCAGGCAGAGGUUUGCAGCCGAAGGGGCUGAGAGUGAAGGAAGUCGCAGAUUUUAAAGUUUACACUAAAGGAGCUGGCAGCGGCGAGCUCAAAGUCAGCGUGAAGGGACCAAAGGGGCUGGAGGAGCCGGUCAAGGUGCUGGAGAUGGAUAACGGUCUGUAUGAGUGUAACUAUUACCCCAUCACCACUGGAAAAUACAUUGUAACCAUCACCUGGGGAGGACACAGCAUCCCACGCAGCCCCUUUGAGGUGCAGGUGUCUGAAGAGGCGGGGUCUCAGAAAGUGCGAGCCUGGGGUCCAGGUCUGGAAACUGGAAUGGUGGGAAAGAGUGCUGACUUUGUGGUGGAGGCCAUCGGCACUGAAGUUGGAACACUUGGUUUCUCUAUUGAGGGUCCAUCACAGGCGAAGAUUGAAUGUGAUGAUAAAGGAGAUGGAUCAUGUGAUGUGCGAUAUUGGCCGACUGAACCUGGCGACUACGCUGUUCAUGUCAUAUGUGAUGAUGAAGACAUCAAGGACAGUCCCUUCAUGGCUCAUAUCCUCCCUGCGGCCAAUGACGUCUUCCCAGAAAAGGUUAAAUGUUACGGUCCUGGUCUGGAGCCGCUUGGUUGCAUCGUCAACAAACCUGCUGAUUUCACCAUCGAUACUCAAGGAGCAGGCAGAGGAGAACUGAAGCUCUAUGCUCAGGAUGCAGAAGGCUUCCCCAUCGACAUCCAGAUCACUGAUAAUGGAGACAGUACCUACUUCUGCGUCUACAUUCCCACAAAACCCAUAAAACACACCAUCAUCAUCACCUGGGGUGAAGUCAACGUCCCAAACAGCCCCUUCAGGGUGACCAUUGGAGAAGGCAGCCAUCCAGAAAAUGUGAAGGUUUAUGGUCCUGGUGUGGAAAAGACGGGACUGAAGGCCAAUGAACCAACUUACUUCACUGUGGACUGCAGUGAGGCUGGCCAAGGUGAUGUCAGCAUUGGGAUUAAGUGUGCUCCUGGGGUGGUGGGCCCUGCAGAGGCCGACAUUGACUUUGACAUCAUUAAGAAUGAUAAUGACACGUUCACAGUGAAGUACAUGCCUCCAGGUCCUGGUCAGUACACCAUCAUGGUGCUGUUUGCUGAUCAGGAAAUCCCUGUCAGCCCCUUCAGAAUAAAGGUGGAUCCCUCUCAUGAUGCAGCUAAGGUCAGAGCAGAGGGACCAGGACUCAGCAAAACAGGUGUUGAGGUGGGCAAACCCACCCACUUCACCAUUUACACAAAAGGAGCAGGCAAAGCCAAGCCUGAGGUCCACUUCACUGCAGCAAUGAAAGGUGAAGCUGUACGAGACUUUGAGAUCAUUGACAACCACGACUACUCAUACACUGUCCGCUACACGGCCAUCCAGCAGGGAAACAUGUCCAUCACUGUUUGUCACGGAGGAGACCCCAUCCCCAAAAGUCCAUUUAGCAUCAGUGUGGCACCGCCGCUUGACCUCAACAAGGUCAAAAUACAGGGACUAAAUAAUAAGGUGGAUGUUGGGAAGGAUCAGGAGUUCACCAUUAACACUAGAGGGGCCGGAGGUCAGGGCAAACUAGACGUCAAGAUAACAUCGCCGUCACGCCGACCUAUCCCGUGCAAGCUAGAAUCGGGCACAGCCAAUGAAGUGCACACGGUGAAGUACAUCCCCCCUGAGGAAGGAGCAUAUAGGGUGGACAUCAGCUACGAUGGAAACCCCGUCCCUGGAAGUCCGUUUACGGUGGAGGGUGUGAUGCCCCCUGAUCCCUCCAAGGUGCGUGCCUAUGGUCCAGGUCUGCAGGGUGGUGUAGUGGGUAAACCUGCUCCGUUUGCCAUUGACACAAAAGGGGCCGGUACCGGUGGUCUGGGGCUGACAGUGGAGGGACCCUGUGAGGCCAAGAUUGAAUGUCAGGACAACGGAGAUGGAUCCUGCUCCGUGUCCUACCUGCCCACAGAGCCUGGAGAAUAUGCCAUUAACAUCCUGUUUGCAGACCAGCAUAUCCCUGGGUCGCCUUUUAAGGCAACCGUCCAGUCUGUGUUUGACCCCAGCAAGGUGACUGCCAGUGGCCCCGGCCUGGAGCGAGGAAAAGUCAACGAGGCUGGCUCCUUCACAGUGGACUGUUCCAAAGCUGGAGAGGCUGAGCUCACCAUAGAGAUCAUCUCCGACUCAGGAGCCAAAGCUGAGGUUCACGUCCAGAACAACAGCGAUGGGACCUACUCCAUCACCUACAUCCCUCAGUUCCACGGCAUGUACACCAUCACCAUUAAAUACGGAGGACAUGCAGUGCCCAAGUUCCCCGCUCGCCUGCAGGUGGAGCCGGCGGUCGACACCAGCGGAGUGAAGGUGUACGGACCGGGAGUCGAACCCAGAGGCGUCCUGAGGGAGGUGACCACACAUUUCAUUGUAGACGCCCGAACUCACUAUAAGAGCGGUGGCAGCCACAUCAAAGCAUGCGUCUCCAAUCCAUCAGGCGCCAACACUGACGCCUACAUCACAGACAAAGGUGAUGGGACCUACAGAGUGGAGUACACGCCAUAUGAAGAUGGUUUACAUCUGAUUGAAGUACUGCUCGAUGACGUCAUGGUGCCUAAAAGUCCUUUCAGGGUGUCAGUGACUGAGGGUUGUGACCCCAGUCGAGUCCGUGCUUAUGGUCCUGGUCUGGAGGAAGGACUGGUGAACAAACCAAACCGCUUCACUGUGGAGACCAGGGGAGCUGGCACAGGAGGUCUGGGCCUCGCCAUUGAGGGUCCAUCAGAGGCAAAAAUGUCAUGCAAAGAUAACAAAGAUGGCAGCUGCAGCGUGGAGUACAUUCCUUUCACUCCCGGAGAAUAUGAUGUCAACAUCACCUUUGGAGGACUGCCUAUCCCAGGGAGUCCAUUUCGGGUUCCAGUGCGAGAACUGGUGGAUCCAAGUAAGGUCAGGUGUUCAGGUCCUGGACUGGGAAAUGGAGUCCGAGCACAUGUCCCUCAGACAUUCACUGUUGACAGCAGUAAGGCUGGGGUUGCCCCCUUGGAAGUACAGCUCUAUGGACCAACAGGUGUGGCCGAGCCAGUCAGCAUAACAGACAAUGGUGAUGGUACUCACACAGUCAACUACACCCCCACUAAUGACGGCCCGUACACAGUUUGUGUGAAAUAUGCCGACCAGGAGGUCCCUCGCAGCCCUUUUAAGAUAAAGACACUUCCAGCUCAUGAUGCUAGUAAAGUUCGUGCAAGUGGUCCUGGUUUGAAUGCGUCUGGGGUUCUGGCCAGUCUGCCUGUUGAGUUCACCAUCGAUGCCAGGGACGCCGGCGAGGGUCUGCUCACUGUCCAGAUACUGGACCCUGAGGGAAAACCGAAGAAAGCCAACAUCCGGGACAACCGUGACGGCACGUAUACAGUGUCAUAUGUCCCUGACAUGACAGGACGCUACACCAUUACCAUCAAAUACGGAGGAGACGAGAUCCCAUACUCACCGUACCGCAUCCAUGCCCUGCCCACUGGAGAUGCCAGCAAAUGUCUGGUUACAGUGUCAAUUGGAGGACAUGGACCAGGAUCAGGUAUCGGCCCAACCAUCCAGAUCGGAGAGGAGACAGUCAUCACUGUCGAUGCAAAGGCUGCUGGGAAAGGGAAAGUGACCUGUAAGGUGUCGACACCUGAUGGGGCAGAGCUGGAUGUGGAUGUGGUUGAAAACGCAGAUGGGACAUUCGACAUUUACUACACAGCCCCAGAGCCUGGCAAAUAUGUAAUCACCAUCCGGUUUGGAGGGGAACAUAUUCCCAACAGCCCCUUCCAUGUAGUGGCCUGUGACACCAUCCCAAUAAUAGAGGAACCAUGUGACAAGCUUCAGUUACAGCAGCCCUACUCCCCCUAUGUGGGCUUCACCCCUCCAUGGGCCACUGAUGAUCCCAUCAGCCCCGCGGACGGAAUGGAGCCCAUGCUCCGCCCCUUCAGUCUGGUCAUUCCCUUCACGGUGCAGAAGGGAGAGAUUACAGGUGAGGUGCGAAUGCCCUCUGGUCGAACUGCCUGCCCGUUCAUCACAGAUAACAAGGAUGGUACUGUCACUGUAAAAUACUCCCCAACUGAAAGAGGCCUACAUGAGAUGGACAUCAAAUAUGAUGGCAACCACAUCCCAGGAAGUCCACUCCAGUUCUAUGUGGAUGCCAUUAACAGUGGUCAUGUGACGGCUUAUGGUCCAGGUCUGAGCCAUGGCAUGGUGAACAGACCGGCGACAUUUACGAUUGUUACCAAAGAUGCUGGAGAAGGUGGUCUGUCUCUAGCAGUUGAAGGUCCGUCUAAAGCAGAAAUCAGCUGUAAGGACAACAAAGACGGGACAUGCACUGUGUCCUACCUUCCUACUGCACCUGGAGACUACAACAUUAUUGUCAAGUUUGAUGACAAACACAUAGCUGGCAGCCCAUUUACUGCUAAGAUCACAGGAGACGACUCCAUGAGGAUGUCACAGCUUAAUGUCGGUACAGCAACAGAUGUGUCCUUAAAGAUCAUGGAGACAGACUUGAGCAGUUUGACUACGAGCAUCCGAGCACCAUCUGGUAACGAGGAGCCCUGUCUGCUGAAGAGGCUGCCCAACAGACACAUCGGCAUCUCAUUCACACCAAAGGAAGUAGGCGAGCAUGUGGUAAGCGUGAAGAAAAAUGGCAAACAUGUGACCAACAGCCCAUUCAAAAUCAUGGUGGGCCAGUCAGAGAUUGGAGAUGCCAGUAAGGUGAAGGUGUACGGUCAGGGGCUGGUGGAGGGACACACUCUGGAGGUGGCAGAGUUUAUUGUCGACACCAGGAACGCAGGAUAUGGUGGAUUGGGUUUGUCCAUUGAGGGUCCCAGUAAAGUGGACAUUAACUGUGAGGAUGUGGAGGACGGGACAUGUAAGGUCACCUACUGUCCCACUGAGCCUGGAAACUACAUCAUCAACAUCAAGUUUGCUGACCAGCACGUCCCAGGAAGUCCGUUCACGGUGAAGGUUUUCGGAGAGGGUCGGAUGAAGGAGAGCAUCACCAGGAGGCGCCAGGCUCCGUCCAUCGCCACCGUGGGCAGCACAUGUGACCUUAACCUCAAAAUCCCAGGAAACUGGUUUCAGAUGGUUUCAGCCCAGGAGCGUCUGACUCGGACGUUCACUCGCAGCAGUCACACGUACACUCGCACCGAGCGGACUGAGAUCAGUAAAACCCGCGGAGGUGAGACCAAGAGGGAGGUCCGGGUAGAGGAGAGCACGCAGGUGGGCGGCGACCCGUUCAGGGACGUGUUUGGAGACUUCCUGGGCCGCGAUGGUCUGAGUGGAUUCAGUGGCAGACCGCCGCUGCAGGACGGUGAGGCAGGGAACCAAGACAUGACAGCUCAGGUGACGAGUCCUGGGGGUAAGACGGAGGAUGCAGAGAUCAUCAGAGGAGAGGACAGUACCUACAGCGUCCGCUUCAUCCCCCAGGAGAUGGGUCCUCACACGGUCAAUGUCAAAUACCGAGGUCAGCAUGUCCCAGGAAGCCCCUUCCAGUUCACCGUGGGGCCGCUGGGAGAGGGAGGGGCUCACAAGGUCCGAGCAGGAGGGACUGGCCUGGACCGAGGAGUGGCAGGGAUCCCAGCUGAGUUCAGUAUCUGGACCCGAGAGGCUGGAGCUGGAGGUCUGUCCAUCGCUGUGGAGGGACCCAGCAAGGCCGAGAUCACCUUUGAGGACCGCAAGGACGGAUCCUGUGGAGUUUCCUAUGUGGUUCAAGAACCUGGUGAUUAUGAAGUUUCUAUAAAAUUCAAUGAUGAGCACAUCCCGGACUCUCCCUUCAUUGUUCCCAUCGCCACAUUGUCAGAUGAUGCUCGUCGUCUGACCAUUACCAGCCUUCAGGAGAUGGGUUUGAAAGUGGGGCAGGAGGCUUCCUUUGCUGUGCAGUUGAAUGGAGCCAGGGGACUGGUUGAUGCCAAAGUCCAUACUCCAUCAGGAGCCAUAGAGGAGUGUUACAUCACAGAGCUGGAUAGUGAUCAGCAUGCAAUCAGGUUUGUCCCGAGGGAGAAUGGAGUUCAUUCUAUUGAUGUUCGUUUCAACGGCAGCCACGUCCCUGGUAGCCCCUUUAAGAUCCGAGUGGGAGAACCAGGACAGGUCGGAGAUCCUGGAAUGGUGUCUGCCUUUGGACCGGGUUUGGAGGGAGGAUCCACAGGUGUGGCAUCAGAGUUUAUUGUAAACACCUGUAACGCCGGGUCAGGAGCUCUGUCUGUGACCAUUGAUGGACCAUCCAAAGUCAAAAUGGACUGUCAAGAGUGUUCUGAGGGCUACAAGGUCUUCUAUACACCUAUGGCUCCAGGGAACUACCUGAUCUCCAUCAAAUAUGGAGGACCCCAGCACAUUGUAGGCAGCCCAUUCAAGGCCAAAGUCUCAGGACCUCGUCUGUCUGGAGGCCACAGUCUGCAUGAGACUUCAUCUGUUCUUGUGGAAACUGUCACCAAGUCAUCAUCAGUGGGCGGGGCCUUUGCCUCUUUGCCCAAAUUCUCCUCAGAUGCAAGUAAAGUCAUCUCCAGGGGAGCUGGCCUUUCAAAAGCCUUUGUGGGUCAGAAGAACACAUUCACGGUGGACUGCAGCAAAGCAGGUACCAACAUGCUGAUGGUUGGUGUGCACGGGCCGAAGACACCAUGUGAGGAAGUUUAUGUUAAACACAUGGGCAACAGGAUGUACAAUGUCACCUACACCGUCAAAGAACAGGGCAGCUAUAUCCUCAUUGUCAAAUGGGGGGAUGAGAACGUCCCUGGCAGUCCUUUCCAUGUCACUGUCCCUUAAGACUGAACUGCUGCAGCUCCUCAUCUCUGAUAUAAUGAAGACACAAAGAGUUUUCACUUCCUGUUCAAGGAGACAGUUUUCAGAAUUGGUGCCAAAUUUCCUCCCCGAGUUGUGCUCUUUCUUGUGACUUGCUGAUAAUUGCUGUGUAUAUACUACCACAGCUUCAGUUACAGAGAGUGCACAGUGAUUGUUUCUUUGGUGGUUUCUCUAUUUGAUGCAGAAGCGCUGACGUGAACUGACAUGAACUGACAUGGUAUUUAUUCAUUUCAACACAGCCCACAUUGCCAGAUCUUAAGCUACCAGAUUGAUGCUCUGUUGGAGCCCAGUCACACCAGCAUUCCUAUCAUGGGCAGAAAUCAAUUAAUUUCAAUAGAGCAGCAAUUUGUGGAUGACAAAGCAAAUGCAGGUGGUGCUUUAAUAAGCUAGUUCACUACGCUGACAAAUUGUGAACCAUCAUGACAUUGCUGACCUUUGAGUUAAUAAAGACAGAGAGUCCCAAAGUGAGGCACAGUACUUGUGUGAAGGAGAUACUAGCAUGUUCCAAACAAGUCAGUAUUUUAUUAACACUAGUACCUGUCCCACAAGUAUCUUUUCACACAAGGUGGAAUCUUGUUGGCAUAAAUAAUUAUCUUCUUUUAACAAAACCUAAUAUCUUGUUUUCCAGAAGUAGCAGAUGUUUCAAAGUUACUCUAUUUUUUGUAAAAGAUACUGCCUUGUUUACACAGGUUUAAUGUUGGUCACAUAUGAUAGUGUCUUGUUACAAGAGUUACCACCUUUUCCUGAGAGACAGAGUUUUAUUUUCAUGUGAUACUUUUAUUUUUAUGAGUUAUUAUUGUGUUUACUCAAGUUGGCAUCUUGUGUGAAAAAGAUACUAACUUUGAUGACCACUACAGAAGCAACUGACUACAAGGGUUAUUAAAGAAGACUUUUUAAUGAACAGGAACUCUGACAAUCAGUCAUUUGAACAAAACAGAUCUUUGUACAAUCACCUGGUCUUUUGAUCUUUCUAAGAAGUUUAUUAAAAUAAGCCAAUUAUUCAUGUGUUUUAUAUUUUCUCAAACAGACACUGUGGUAAAAACCUGUGUUUAAACUAAUGAUCAGGACAGUAAGUGCUGUGACUACACAUAAAAAUCUGUUCACCUUUGAUUUUAUUUAUUCUCAAACCUUUUUUUCUUUGUAUUUUCUUUGACAGAAAAUGGUCUUAUUGUUGAGAUAGAGCAGUGUUAAUCUCUGAAUCACUGAAUUAUCUGCUCAGAUGAAGACAGAUGUGACAAUUUUGAUUUUUUUUAACUACAUGAAGGAAGUGCGGUGAAGGAAUCAGUUUAUUUUGUGAAUGUUAAAAAAUGGCAGUUGUUGCAAUGAAACAAUAUUAGAGUGACAUUUUAUAGUGAUUUUGUAUGUAUCAAAAUCGAUGAAUGAAAUAAAUAAACUGUUUGAUAUGUUAACUUUCUGUCUGGCAAGAUUGUGCAGGCAUAAUAAAGGUUUAUUUGCUAACUUGCCACAAAGAAUCAUGAUCUCUGGUUC